UAUUGCGCAUGGGAUCACCAUGGCAACGUACAUCAGCCCAAUCUGUUGAGAAGAAUCUGUUGCUCUUAUGGACGGUCUCUUACAGGUCCGGGUUGUGGCUACAUCACACAGCCGACGGGCAGCUAAAGGCUACUGUCCGAGCGGCUGAGUAUUUGCGUCAGAAGGAGGCCACUACAGCCGGGACACCUUCAUCACUAUGGUCGUUUCAGUUGAAGAGGUGGCUUCGUCCGUUGUACGAGAGUAUCUGAACCGAAAGGGUCUCAAGAGGACGAUUGCCUGUAUGGACGAAGAACAUCCUCGCACAAAGGCGAGUAUCAACAACAGAUCCCACUUGAGGCAGAUUCUACACAUGGAGGGGCUCUAUAGUAAUAAUAAAGCUCAGAACUCCCCCUUGAAAACAUUACUGGAGAUUAUUGUGAAGCAUCAUUUUGAGGGGCUUAAGCAGGACAAGAUCCCCAGCAAUGAAAGUGAUCCCCGUCCGUCUGAUCAGGCUAAGAGCUGGACGACUAAUUCUCCUGCAGUAACACCAACAGUAAUGAAUAACAAAAACACAGAGGAUAGCACAACAGCUUUUGUUAUUAGCAAACACAACAUAUUAAGGUCUUAUAGAGGAGACUUCUGCACUUCUCAGCCUGAAACAGACCCACUGUCCAGCCACUAUCAAACAGGCUUCUGGGCCUAUGACCUAGAAGAACAAAAAGACCAGCCACUGAGGGCUUCGCUCCACGACAAUGAACGCCUCACCAGAAGUGAAACAGAGAAACAGAUUUUAAUUACUGAGAGCACCCAAAGGAGCAGAAGUAAUCGAAUUAGACGUGGAAUGAUGGCCGGACCAAUAGCUAGCACAGCGCAGGAUUCAAACAAAAAAAGGCAGAAUCGAAAGCUCGAAGGACCCCAUCCGCUGCUAAAAGAAGUUGAAGACAACAGGCAGUCUGUGGAUGGGGUUUUAGUGGCUGGGAAACAUAAAAAAAGCCCAGAAAGCAGCCAAAUACGCUCAGCUGACUGUGUUGAAGGGCAAUGGGAGAUGUGGAGUGCACCAGAGAGAUUGCCGAGGGAGAACAGCUUUGAAAAAGUGCAACAAGACUUACGGAAGACUACAAAAGUGAAGUCUUUGUCCAGUCCAAAUGUGGCAGAUUUGGAUGUGUCUGAGAUGGUUUUAGAUGACAUUGAUGAUGAUGAGGAUCUGGGAGAACUCUCCAAAGUGUCCUUUCACCGAACUGUCGUAGAGCACAGCUAUGCAGGCUACCCCAUGGACCAACACACCGCCAUGGAAUUGAAAGCUGUUCUUCUGGGUACCAGCCUAAAUUGUUUCAGUGUUGAAUGGAGAAAUCAGGGUCUCACGUUCUCAGAAACGCAGGACCUGAGAUACGGAAUCGUGCAGAAAAAGGGUGGUCCUUGUGGAGUUCUGGCAUCCUUCCAAGCCUUUGUUCUAAAGAAACUGCUCUUUGAAAACACUGAGAGCAGCAGUAUAGGCCUUCAGAGGUUAAGACCUUCCAAUUCUACCAGAAGAAAGUGUCUUGUUUUAUCGGCGGCGGAAAUACUUUGGCGGGCUGGCGAGGAAAAACAAGCCACAGUUGCAAUAAAUUCAGGAAGGAAUCAUUUCACCCCGGCAAGACACUACAAAUCUGAAGGAGUGCUUGAAAAGAUAACAUGUUACACUCUGGAUAACUUCAAGGACCUGCAGUUGCUUCUGGAGCGGCAUAUUGAUCAGUUUGAGACUGGGGCAUUAGGAUGCCUUCUGCUCAGCAUAUCUGCUGUUCUCUCUCGAACCAUUAAAAAAGUAAGAGAGGAUAUGGACGUGCACACCAACACACUCAUUGGAGCCCAUGGCUACUGCACACAGGAGCUGGUAAAUCUGUUGCUCUGCGGCAGGGCAGUUUCUAAUGUCUUUGACAAUGACAUAGAGCUGGAUUCAGGCAACGGCAACAUGACUCUACUGAAGGGAGUCAAAGACCCCUGUGACGUAGGCCUGCUGUCCCUGUUUGAACACUAUAACAUCUGUAAGGUGGGAGCGUACCUAAAGACUCCCCAUUACCCUAUCUGGGUGGUGUGCAGUGAAAGCCACUUCAGCGUGCUGUUCGGCCUGCAGAGGGAGCUGUUGACCAAUCAGGACAAAGGUCUGGAGUUUGACCUCUACUAUUACGAUGGACUGGCCAAUCAACAGGAGGAGAUCCGCCUCACUGUUUUUGUUGGCAAAUCGGCCCUCAGCUAUCAAGAUGUCGACAUUGAUCUCAUUCCUCCGCUGGAGCACUGCAUCCGAACAAGGUGGAAAGAUGCAUUUGUCAACUGGAACGACACAGAGCCUAUUCUCUGAUGGUUUGAUGUUAUAUUAAUGAUCCACCAUUAGCUGACAGUACACCUUUUGCAUCAUCAAUAGAGAGUUGUGGUACAUUUUGUGUUUUAUGAUGUUUCCUUCAUAUUAUAUCACGUUUCAUAUUUAUAAAUAUUUGUUUUAGUAUAACCAUUGUUUUGUUGUGAGAAACAUUGUUCUGCCACAUGAUGGCCUGGAUCUGAGAGCAUUUGCGAGAGUGCAAUUUCUUCUUAUUAAGUGGUGAAUUGGUUUCUAGAGAUUAGAGGGAAACUCAUACUUUGUUGCUGGUAACAUGCAAAUUGCUGUAAGAUACUGUAUCUUACAGCCAUUGACCUCAGUGGCCUUUACUCUUGUUGUCCAUAUGCUACACUUCAUUAGUAAGAGUUCCCUGCUCAUUAGAAAAUAACUUAAUAUGUGGGUUUUAAUCCAGAUAGAUUGAAAUAUAACUUAAUUUCACAACACGUUUUAACUGAUUUUGGUUUGUUACUCACUGCAUUAUGUUAGUUUACAUGUGUAAUGGCCUAUAAUGCAAUUGCCUUUCAUGAUGUGCAUGCUUUAAAUUAAAUAGGUUGUAUUUUAGUUUUUUUAUCUUCAUUUAUAUUUCUGAUGUGUUGUCAGGAGAGUAGAUUAAAUAAACACGGACUUGCAUGUGUGUUUGUCAAAGAGAGUGAAUAUUAUAUUAAAUUGCCUCAAUGAGUUUUCAAUUUUGAAAGAUCUCAUGUCGUGGAACAGAAAAUAAAAUCAUUCAAUACCUCA